UCCAGCCUCUCAGUGCAGCCGCAUCCCAAAGCCAGUUAAGCAGGGCCGGCAGCAUGUGGAACGCGACGCCGAGCGAGGAGCCGGGGCCCAACCUCACGCUGCCGGACCUGGGCUGGGACGCUGCCCCUGACAACGACUCGCUGGUCGACGAGCUGCUGCCGCUCUUCCCCGCGCCGCUGCUGGCGGGCGUCACAGCCACCUGCGUGGCGCUCUUCGUGGUGGGCAUCGCGGGCAACCUGCUCACCAUGCUGGUGGUGUCGCGCUUCCGCGAGCUGCGUACCACCACCAACCUCUACCUGUCCAGCAUGGCCUUCUCCGACCUACUCAUCUUCCUCUGCAUGCCCCUCGACCUCGUCCGCCUCUGGCAUUACCGGCCCUGGAACUUGGGUGACCUGCUCUGCAAACUCUUCCAGUUCGUCAGCGAGAGCUGCACCUACGCCACGGUGCUCACCAUCACCGCGCUGAGCGUCGAACGCUACUUCGCCAUCUGCUUCCCGCUGCGGGCCAAGGUGGUGGUCACCAAGGGCCGGGUGAAGCUGGUCAUCCUGGUCAUCUGGGCCGUGGCCUUCUGCAGCGCCGGGCCCAUCUUCGUGCUGGUCGGGGUGGAGCAUGAGAACGGCACCGACCCUCGGGACACCAACGAGUGCCGCGCCACGGAGUUCGCGGUGCGCUCGGGACUGCUCACCGUCAUGGUGUGGGUGUCCAGCGUCUUCUUCUUCCUCCCUGUUUUCUGCCUUACUGUGCUCUACAGCCUCAUCGGCAGGAAGCUGUGGAGGAGGAGACGCGGCGAGGCAGCGGUGGGCGCCUCGCUCAGGGACCAGAACCACAAACAAACCGUGAAGAUGCUGGCUGUAGUGGUUUUUGCUUUCAUCCUCUGCUGGCUGCCCUUCCAUGUAGGGCGAUAUUUAUUUUCCAAAUCCUUCGAGCCUGGCUCCUUGGAGAUUGCUCAGAUCAGCCAAUACUGCAACCUCGUCUCCUUCGUCCUCUUCUACCUCAGCGCCGCCAUCAACCCCAUUCUGUACAACAUCAUGUCCAAGAAGUACCGGGUGGCAGUGUUCAAACUUCUGGGAUUUGAACCCUUCUCGCAGAGGAAGCUCUCCACUCUGAAGGAUGAAAGUUCUAGGGCCUGGACAGAAUCUAGUAUUAAUACAUGACCAAGCACAUUGCUCAGCAAAGUCAUUGCUUAUUAUUCUAAACCGGAAGCCAUAGCACAGCAGAACUUGGGAGGAAGUUGAAGGUUAAUUUUGGAAUUAGGGACACAUAGGUCUGGAAACAAUUGGGGGGAAAGAAAAGACAGAAUUUGUAAUGUGUGAGCAGUUUGAUUUGAUUGCACACUCAUCAGUGCUCUCAUACACGAUUUCUGCAUAUUCACUGCCUAUGAUUUUUGCAUUCUGCUGUUGGUGCUAGCAAGGGCUCUGCAAUUCAGAGAAGGGAGGUGGUGUAGAGAGGGCAAUUAGGUCACUUCUUACUAGACAAAUUCUAACUCUGAUUUCUUUUUCAUAAUGAUAAAAUUUUUUUGAUUAAAAGAAUGACAUUAAAAUAAAAAAUUUAAAACAUGACUUUCAAAAACGAGCAAUUUUCAUAGAGCACCAAAUCAGUGCUGUCCAGGAGAAAUAUAGUACAAGGUACUUAAGUAAUUAAUAUAAAAAUUAUUAAUGAGAAUUUUACAUUCUUUUUUUAUACAAAGUCUUUGAAAUCUGGUUUGUCUCAGAUUUUCAGCUCAUCUUAAUUUGGACAUUGAGCGUUCAUCAGUAAUACUUGAUUUAUUGCGAUUUCAUAAACUUUGCA